GGGUCGCGGGGCCCCGACGCCUUUGUCAGCCCCUUCUGGGUGGUGGCAAAGUCCGACUCAGAGCCCAACAUGGAGCUCCGAAAGGAGACCGUGACGGUCGGGACAGGCGUCAACAAGGUGCAGGUGGGGGUGCCCCAGAUGCAUAACACUUGCGCCCUGUCCGCGGGCGACUUCCUGGUGGUGAAGCCGUGGCCGCGGCUGCAGCCGCGGCCAGCCAAGAAGCUCAGGCCGGCCUGA